AGCUGUUUGAGAGCCCGCUGCUGGAGUCGGAAGAGGAACAUCUUCUGCUGGACCCAGGCAACACGUUGAAGCUGUACUGUGAUGCCAACCAGAGUGGUGCCAGCGUGAUCUGGUACAAGGAGUCCCGGCCGCUUGUCCCAGGGGGUCGCAUCCGCCUCCACCAGAGCCUGCUGGAGAUCUCAGAGGUCGCCUACGAGGACUCAGGGCUCUACGUGUGCCGGGCGCGGGGGACUGGGGAGAUUCUGCGCAACUUCACCAUCUCUGUCAUGGACUCGCUGGCGUCAGGUGAUGAUGAUGAAGACAGUGAUGGGGAUGGUCCCCACGGAGACCGAAACGAGGAGCCCAUCUACGUGCACAGAGCUCCUUACUGGACUCACCCGCACCGGAUGGACAAGAAGCUGUAGGCAGUCCCUGCAGGGAACACGGUGAAGUUUCGCUGCCCAGCCUCGGGCAGCCCCAGCCCCAGCAUCCGCUGGUUCAAGAAUGGGCGUGAGUUCCGGGGGGAGCACCGCAUCGGGGGCAUCCGGCUCCGGCACCAGCACUGGAGCCUGGUGAUGGAAAGCGUGGUGCCCUCUGACCGCGGCAACUACACUCCCACGGCCCUGGUGGGCAGCGACGUGGAGUUCUUCUGCAAGGUCUACAGUGAUGCCCAGCCCCACAUCCAGUGGCUGAAGCACAUCGAGGUGAACGGCAGCAGCUACGGUCCUGAUGGGGUCCCCUAUGUGCAAGUGCUCAAGACUGCAGACAUCAACAGCUCCGAGGUGGAGGUGCUGUACCUGCGCAACGUCUCCAUGGAGGAUGCUGGCGAGUACCCCUGCCUGGCGGGGAACUCCAUUGGCCUCUCCUACCAGUCGGCCUGGCUCACCGUGCUGCCGGAAGAGGAGCUGGUUCGGGAAGCUGAAGCCCCUGAGGCCAAGUACACGGACAUUAUCAUCUACACCUCGGGUUCACUGGCGGUGGCCAUGGCCAUCAUCAUCGUGGUGCUGUGCCGGAUGCAGACUCAGUCAAGCAAACAGCCCCUGGAGCCCAUGGCGGUCCACAAGCUCUCCAAAUUCCCGCUCAUCCGACAGUUCUCCCUGGACUCCAGCUCCUCCGGGAAGUCCAGCACGUCCCUGAUGCGCGUCACUCGUCUCUCCUCCAGCUGUGCCCCGAUGCUGGCUGGGGUCAUGGAACUGGACCUGCCCCUUGAUGCCAAAUGGGAGUUCCCUCGAGACAAGGUAGUGCCCCCCCUGCCAGUGUCCCAGGCACAGAGGUGGCAUCAGUGCCAGGCUGUGGUGCCGCCCCAACUGGCACAAUGACCCAGCCCUCCUUCCCCAGACAAUGCCACUGACAAAGACCUGGCUGAUCUCAUAUCUGAGAUGGAGAUGAUGAAGCUCAUGGACAAGCACAAGAACAUCAUCAACCUCCUGGGAGUCUGCACGCAGGAUGGGCCGCUGUACGUGAUUGUGGAGUUUGCUGCGAAGGGCAACCUGCGCGAAUACCUCCGUGCCCGCCGCCCCCCGACACCUGAUUACGCUUUUGAUGUCACGGUGAUGCCCGAGGAGCAGCUGUCCUUCAAGGACCUGGUCUCUUGUGUCUACCAGGUGGCCCGUGGCAUGGAGUACCUGGAGUCCAAACGGUGCAUCCACCGUGACCUGGCUGCCCGCAACGUGCUGGUCACGGCAGAGAGCGUGAUGAAGAUCGCGGACUUCGGCUUAGCCAGAGAUGUCCACGAUAUCGACUACUACAAGAAAACCAGCAAUGGCCGCCUGCCAGAGGCCCCCGAGGCCCUGUUUGACCGCGUCUACACCCACCAGAGUGAUGUGUGGUCCUUCGGGAUCCUGAUGUGGGAGAUCUUCACACUGGGGGGCUCCCCCUACCCCGGCAUCCCUGUCGAGGAGCUCUUCAAGCUACUGAAGGAGGGGCACCGCAUGGACCGGCCGUCCAACUGCACCCACGAGCUGUACAUGCUGAUGCGGGAGUGCUGGCAUGCCGUGCCCUCGCAGCGACCCACCUUCAAGCAGCUUGUGGAGGGGCUGGACAAGGUCCUGGCAGCUGUUUCAGAGGAG